AUGUCAACUAGCGAAAUUCGUCCUAUUCAAAAAACAGAUAAUCUUGUUCCGAUUACGACAAACAAUAAAUCAAUUUCUGGGAAAAUACUAAUAGCUGUAACAGGUGGCUUCGGUAUAGGGCUUUCGAUCAUUUGUUAUCCAUUUUUGGCACCGGCAUUACGCAAACACUGCUUGCCGUAUGUUCCAGCUACCACGAAGCAAAUUGGAAAUGUACUUUCUGCUAUAAACACUUCCAAUAAAGCUGACAAAUUACUCGAUAUCGGAUCAGGCGAUGGAAGAAUCGUUAUUGCGGCGGCCAAAGCGCGCGGAAUUGAAGCACAUGGAGUCGAGUUGAAUCCAUGGUUGGUUUUAUAUUCUCGUAUUUCUGCAGUGCGAACAGGAGUUUACGCAAACACAAGAUUUUAUCGAAAAGAUCUUUGGAAGUUUGAUAUAUCGAAAUAUAAUAAUAUCGUUAUAUUCGGUGUGGAAGAAAUGAUGCAGGAUCUCGAACAAAAAGUGGCACAAGAAGCGCAAUCUAAUGCUACGAUAAUCGCUUGUCGAUUUCCCUUCCCCAGUUUGAUUCCUGUUAAAACCCUUGAAGAUGGCAUUGAUUCCGUAUGGAUUUAUCGGAGAAAGUAAUGUAAAUUUAAUAUUGUUUCUAAAACCACCGUUUAUCAAGUAGCAAUCAAAAUUUUUUAUAAAUUAAUACAUUAAUUUAUAAUAACAUGAGUUCAGUUCGGUAAGUCCUGUAUACGGCCUAACCAUUUAUCACUCUUAUUCUUGUUUUCGUUAGAAUCAAUUCAAGCUUUCAAACGUAUCUUCAUUAGCUUUAAACGAAUGUAAGAAUACUACUUUUCAUUUCGUUUGCAUUACACUGUACGUACGAACGUAAGAUACAACCGAAAACAAAAACAAGGAUGAAUAUAUCUUACAUACCUAUGUAAUUUUUAAUGAGUACAAUAUUUUUGAUAUGAUGCAAAGUCCCGAUAUUUCACUGCAAUUCUACGUUGAUUUGUUCUCGGUUUUGGUUCCAUUCAAAUGGAUCAAUUCCAAGUUGAGAUUUCAUUACUUUCAAAGUGUUGCCUAUGAUCUGUUUAUGGUAAACUAAACGCAAUGUAAACCUGCAUAAGUAAACAAAAACUUUAUAACAUAUUGCAUGUUUAAACUGAGAUUUAUAUACAUCUUACUUACCCUAAUUUAAGGUAUACCUCGCGAAUACUUUCAUCACAUUCAGAGGUAACAGUUUCGACGGUGAAAAGCUGAUUAUCUACAGCAUUUGAAAGCACACGGCUAAUUAACCGCUCGGCGAUUUCUCUAAACGGAUAUUUGGGACAAACAGCUAGCCGAUAUAUCCAGCCGGAGUUCUCCAAUAUUAGAUGACUUUUGCAACUAAUCGUACCGAUAACUUUUCGCCUCAUUUUAUUUGCUUCACUCUUGUUCACUCCGGGCACAUCAUCGAAGAAUUCUUCAAUAUUCAGACCUUUUUGCAACCCAUUUGCGGCAUAAGGUUCAUAAACCUCUGCCACCCAGCAUAAUUUGUUUCCUCCUCGAAUGGCAAGAUCAUUUGCCUUAUUGAAAUAACUGCCAUAUGUUGUAAAGAGAAUCAAUCCUAUAACAACUGGAAUGGCCACGCAACACAUCAGCAAAGGAAUUCCGAAAAAAAUGAACAUAAUGGCCCAUACUAUAACUAUUAGCUGAAGAGUGAUCUGAAAUGAAAACUUGUUAUUAAUCGGUUCUUUAAUUAAUUUAAGUGUAUUUCUUAAAUUAUGAUUAAAACAUGAGUUUAUAUUUAUUUCUAAAGAUUUCAAAAGAAAAAUCGAUACAAAUUA